GCCCUUGUGAUGGGUGACCGCGCGAAUCGCAGAGAUCCCGUGCCCGGCCUGUUCGUCUACCCCGAUGAGGACUUGGUUACGGUUGUGCACGCCCUCGUCACCGGGCCGUUCGACACGCCGUACGAAGGAGGGUUCUUCUACUUUGUGCUGCACUGCCCGGACGACUACCCCCACAGCCCCCCAAGGGUCAGGCUCAUGACCACCGGAGGUGGCACCGUACGUUUCAACCCCAAUCUCUACGCCAACGGCAAGGUUUGCCUCAGCAUCCUCGGCACGUGGAACGGCCCGCGCUGGACCCCGGUACACUCCAUCUCGUCGGUGCUGCUGUCCAUCCAGAGCCUCAUGAACGAAAAGCCGUACCACAACGAGCCGGGGUUCGAGGCAGCGUCCAACCCGCAAGACGUGCGCGACUACAGCGACUGCAUCACGCACGAGACCUUGCGCGUUGCCGUGUGCGCGAUGGUGGAUGACUCCAGCCUGUCGAACAGCAUGCCGGCUUGCUUACAAGCGCUGACUCGGGACCUGUUUUUAUCCUUCGUUCCCCGCUACGAGCUCGUGUGCGAGCAGAACAUGCACAGAGACGGCGGGAAGAUGGUCGACCCUUUCGGGGAGAACAGGGGAACCUUUCGGUACGCCAGCAUCGCGCGAUCGAUCAAGCGCAUCGCUAGCUUGCUGGAGCCGGCCGCGCCUGCCGAAGCCGACGAAGUGGACCCCGUCGCGCCCCCACCCGGUCAAGAUGAUGGCGCAAGACCGAUGCAGACGGACGAUGCUUCUGCCGCCGCCGCCGCCGCUGCCGGUCCUGUCGCAAGCGAAGGCGAAGAUGGCUGUGGCGGAAGCAGGACCGGUGUUGGAGCGUCCUCCGCAGGCGGCGGCGGUAGUAGCAGCGGGGCUGGCAGCGUGUUGAGGGCCCUCCGAUAGUGAAGGAUGAGGCUUCCACCGCCUUGGAGGAGAGUGAUGCGAGCACGGGGAAAAAGUGCCGUGGUAUGUAGAAAGUGUUGUGUGGGCGUACAGUAUUGUAUUAUGUGCGUAGGCUCCCUUCUGAGCAGGGGUGCGUAGGGUCAGCGAGGGGGGUAUUACUCGUGCCCCGAAACGC